AUGGACGCAGCUUACACCUCAACUCCGCUGACCCCGACAAGCCUGGGCAUCGCGCUUCUCAGGCUGGCCCCUUUGAUCAUUUCCUCUGGCUCAUUGAUGUGCGCCUGGGACCAGCAAAACGCCUUUCGAUCCUUCCUUGCGCCAAAAUUGCUUGAAAAGAAAGGCGACAUCAGCGCCCACGUUGUCGUGGAGUGGUUCGCCGAAUUCGCAAAGCCGACUAAAUGGGUUAUUUUCUUGUCUUACCCUCUCGCUCUUUCGGUUGCGCUAAUUAAUGUCUUUGUCGAUGUUGGGCUGGCGACACCCAGCGCAAUUUUGAAUAAUAAUGGAGGAAAAGCAGCAGUACUGGCAGCAUCAGCGGUGUCGUCAGCAGGGGGAGGAUUGCACCCCCAAACCAAGGCGUUUUACAUUGCUGGCGGGGUGCUUUCAAUUCUACACUAUUGGUUUGGAUCAUGGAGUAUGAUGUGGAAUGCGCGGAUUUCGCGCAAGGUGAAUGUCGGUCAGCAGAAUUACGAUGCGCUGAGGGGAUGGUUGGCGAAUAAUUUUGCCCGCAUGUGCUGGGUGAACGUUCCUGCAUGGCUGAUGUUUGUGUGUGCGACAGCGACGUUUGUGAAGCUGGAAUAA